UCCAGAGUGGCAGUGUGAGUUUGUUUCUGCAGAAAGCCUGAGCUUCAGUUUCGUUUUCUGCCUCUCAGUGGGGAGAAUAAAUACAGCAGCAGCUGGAGAAGUGUGUGAGUGAGUGUGUGUUAUGGCUGAACAGUGGAACACCGCUUUCCAGAACUGGGCUUCAGAGCUGGAAGGAGAUGAGUGGACACUGGAGCUGGACGACUCCAUCGUGCCGGACAAACCUCAGAAGGGCUGGUUCCAGUACAUCCGAAAGGCAUUUGCACAGUUCCGCUGCUCUCUCUGCAAGCGCUCGUGGCCCUCUAAAAGAGUCCAGGUGGUCUUCCACUUCACCCUCAACUCAUCACUCCAUCGUGGCACAGUUAAAGUGAGGGGAUUUAAGCAGAAGUGUCGACGAUGCACGACGGCGCAGAUGGAGGCACCCAGCUUCCUUUCAGAGAACAUCGAUAUACUGCUGGAGAAGCUGAUGGAAAGGAUCAGGAUCCGGUGCUACAAAGAAGAAAGACCAGAGACCAACAAAAACCUUUACUUUAAAGGCAGAGUCGAAGGACCACACGAGGCACAACACUGUGAGGCCUGUCUGAAGGGCUUCUGCAAUAAGAACAACUAAGCACUGGCUGAGGAACAUGCAGCGCACCUGAUAAGGGCUCAAUGAAGGCUUUAUGAUUUGUAAAAAAAAAAAAAAAACUGGGAACUUUGUUCUCUUUUAGUUAAUAGAAUCAUGCUUGUUUUAAAACACUACAAUACCAUUUGACCAGUUUCAUAUCAUUGAUAUACGUUGGUGCAAUUAGAGGGGUUUAAUUUGUAAAAAAAAAAGAAAAAAAAAAGAAAAA